AGUGUCCGAAUUACCGCGCAUGCGUACACGGUGCCCGGUAGAUUUGCUGUGGAUGCUUUGUAUUUAAUAUAAUCUACUGGAAGUGUCUGAUUCACACUUGAAGUGAUGACUUCGGCUCUUAAGAGUGGACCGAAUACACCGUUGGGGCGUAAGUAAUCAUAUUUGAUAGGUUGUAGUCUAAAAAUUACAAUUAUGGUUCCAUUCCAUAUUUACCUAGUCUGGCAAACGCUUUUGUAGCGAUAAUCGUAGUCUAAAAGAGUUAAAAUCGCCUAUAAUUUAUGUAUCUUACCCUGAUUUUUAUGCGUAUUUUAGAGCGUCUGCGAAGUCCCUUUAUGCAUCAGAGCCCCCAUCCAUAUCCAAUGCCUAUGGGACAAAAUCCAUCCAUGGCUUACUUCAAUCAAUCCGGGCAAGUUUCAGCUGCAGUCAACUCUACUCCUCAUAUGGGUUCUCCUUUUUCUGAUAAGAGUCUGGGUCCUUCGUCGUUUGCCCCAGUUAAGCUAGGAACUAAGGGAGCUGACUUAAGAAUGCCUAAACCGCCGAAACCUCCAGAUAAGCCAUUAAUGCCAUACAUGAGAUACUCUCGAAAAGUCUGGGAUCAAGUUAAAGCCGCGAAUAGUGACCUUAAGUUGUGGGAAAUUGGCAAAAUUAUCGGGAGUAUGUGGAGGGAACUGCCUGAAACAGAAAAACAAGAAUACACAGAAGAAUACGAGGCAGAGAAGAUUCAAUACAAUGAAGCGAUGAAGCACUAUCACAAUUCUCCGAUGUAUCAAUCGUAUGUUUCUGCUAAAUCCAAAGCUCAGGAAGCUCAAGCUGCUGCUCAGGCUCUUGCAGAGGAAGAGGAAGCAGCGGCAAGGCGAGGCAAAAAGAUAACUGAUACAAGAAUUUGCAUUCAGUCUGCCGAAGACGAAGAUGAGCCCCUUGAUGACGGCCUGUGGGAAAAACAUCUUUCGUCUGCUCGCUAUCAAAGAAAUCACAGACUUAUUAAUGAAAUUUUAGGAGAAACUGUUGUUCCUGAUAUGAGAACAGUUGUUACAACGAGCAGGUUAGCAGUAUUGAAGCGCCAAGUUCUAUCCUUGAUAACCCAUCAAAAGAAACUAGAAAUGGAGCUGGAGAAUCUUACAAAACAACACAAUGGCCGAAAAAGACUUAUAGUUGAAGCAUCCGAAAACUUUGGCAGGAAAUGGAAAAAAUUAUGCGAUAAUGUUCCAGCAAUGGACGAAGACGUCUUUGAGGAUAGAGUUGAAAAUUAUAUGGAAGAAUUAAGAAAAGAGAAAAUGGCACAGGUGAACGGAAAUGAUUACACAGAGAGUAUUGGCCAGGAAGAAAUUUCUUUGAAGAACGGUGUAGAUCACUCAAAAAAUAACGGAAUUGACGAAGCACCAAAAGUAAAUGGAAUUGAGCAUCCUCAAAAUAACGGGGGGGAGGCUUUAGAGAAAGUACAGGAAGAACCAGAAGCAAAAAAAGAUGAAAUGGAAAAAGAGAUUGAAACAACAGAAACAACGGCAACUGAGAGUCCUCAAGUAAACGGAAUUAAGCACGAUGAAAAGGAUGACAAGGAACAAAUUGAGAAUGACGAAAAGGCACACAUUGAAAAUAGCGAAAAAAAAGAGCAAAUUGAAACUAAUGAGCAAGAACUUCCAAAAAAGGAGGAAGAAAAGAUGGAUGAAAGUGAAAGCGUUGAAAAUUCUACAGAGAACAACGCUCAACAACCCUGAAAAUUUGUCACUGUUGAACAAGAUUCUAUUUUUAUAUAGGAUAAAGUGUUAUUGUUUUUUUUUUAUUUUAUAAGAGGAACAAUAAUUAUUUUGUAGUGUACCUGUAUUUCCUAUUGAAUGGACGGUGUCGUCAUCAUGGAAAAUAAAGAAGUUUAUGUAUAUUUAUUAGAUUUUGCAUUUAUCAAAUUUUAUAAAACAUAGCUUUUUUUUAUUACCAGAUGCUCGAUUUUAUUGAUUCUAAACAAAGUUAACAUUGAAAAUCUAAUAAAUGAGUAAUUUGGAAGCUUUUAUAUUCAAAAGUGUCUUUUUUUUAUUCAUUUUUAUUGUUAUUCUUUUUCAUAGAAAUAGAUUACAAAAAAAAAUAUUCAACUUUUAAUAUUUAAUGAUAAAUUAAAGAACAUCAUUUA